UUAUUCAAUAUGUCUAAAGAUAAUCACGAGAGCGACUUGCCGGACAUUGCACCAACCCCUUCACACGUGGGCGAAGUUCUUGACCUCAAGGAUCAACGCUACGAUGCUGUGUUUGGGGAUAUGACAGAGGAAGGUCCCAACUACCGCAAUGUUGGGUGGUUGGGGACAGCUGCCUUGAUGAUGAAGACACAGAUUGGCCUAGGCGUCCUUUCAAUCCCCGCCAAUUUUGACACGCUUGGAUUAAUACCAGGCGUUAUUCUUCUCUGCACUGUUGGUGCCAUAACGACAUGGUCCAACUACAUAGUGGGAGAAUUCAAAGUCAAGCACCGUCAUGUGUACGGCAUUGACGACGUUGGGGAGAUGCUUUUCGGCCGCAUUGGUCGGGAGGUCUUUGGUAUUGCAUUCUGCCUUUUUUUCACUUUCGUCUCCGGUUCGGCUAUGCUUAGCAUAUCUAUCUGCCUAAACGCGUUAUCGAACCAUGCCAUUUGUACCGCCAUAUUUGUUGCUAUCGCUGCCAUAAUCACCUUCACCUUUUCGAGUAUACAAACACUGGGCAAGAUCAGUUGGCUGGCAUGGGUCGGCGCCAUAUGUGUUCUGAUCGCUGUUUUUACAAUUACCAUCGCGGUAGGGGUAGAAGGACGCCCUUCUCUAGCGCCAAAGACGGGCACAUGGGAGUCAGACUACAAACUGUUCAAUAAUCCCGACUUUGCGGAUGCUGUCUCCGCAAUUACAUCCAUGGUUUUUGCCUACAGUGGAACGCCGGCAUUUUUCAACAUUGCAUCGGAAAUGCGCGAUCCACGCCAAUAUAAUAAGGCCUUGAUAGUAUGUCAAACUGUGGUGACGAUCACGUAUAUUGUAGUAGGCGUUGUUGUAUACUACUAUGCCGGAUCCUACGUCGCUUCCCCUGCCAUCGGCACAGCUGGCCCAGUCUUGAAAAAGAUAGGGUACGGGAUUGCCCCCCCGGGGUUACUCGCAAGCGCAAUCCUUCUGACACAUGUUCCGAGCAAGUACAUUUUCGUUCGUAUCUUACGAGGCUCCACACAUCUUACCAAAAACACGCUUGUGCACUGGGUUGCGUGGCUCGGCUCUACGUUAAGUGUCUCCAUCGUUGCGUAUCUGAUCGCUAGUGGGAUUCCAGUUUUCGAUAGUCUCGUGUCUCUUAUCGGUGCCAUGCUUGGUACUUUCCUUUCGUUCCAUCCCAUGGCCUGUAUGUGGCUCUACGAUAAUUGGAGGAAGGGGAAAUCUAGUCAAACAUACAAAUGGCGGAUGAUGGUGUGCUGGUGUGUGUUUGUACUUGUUUCUGGCACAUUUCUAGUGAUAUCAGGGACUUAUGGCUCGAUUGUUGGGAUAAUCAACUCUUACCAAGGUGGUGGUUCUUGGUCCUGCGCCGACAACUCCAACUCCUGA